AUUUCAUUGUUGGAAGAGAAAGAUAGAGAACUGAAGUAAAACUGCAUUAUUUUCUCUCUGAAAUAAGAUGCAUGCCUUCCAUAUGUGAAAUAAAGGAUGAUGAAGGGCCUAAAGACAUAUUCCCUCUCGUCUUCUUCUGGAAAUUCAGAUAGCAAAUCAAAUUUCUGAAGGGCCUCCUCAAUGUCGUCUUUGUCCAUUGACAGUAAUGCAGGGAGUGAGAUGUGCCCCAUGAAAUGUUCUCAGCACACCACGUCUCUACCUCGGUAUUACUUGAAAAGUCCUUAUGACCAACAUGAGUUGGAGCUUUCUCACUCGACUUCUAGAAGAAAUACACAACCAUUCAACAUUUGUGGGAAAAGUAUGGUUGACUGUACUGAUAAUAUUUCGUAUCGUACUGACAGCUGUUGGAGGAGAAUCCAUCUAUUCUGAUGAACAAACCAAGUUUAUCUGUAACUCUAAACAACCAGGAUGUGACAAUGUGUGCUAUGAUGCAUUUGCACCACUGUCCCAUGUCAGAUUUUGGGUCUUCCAAAUUAUUAUGAUAUCCACACCUUCUAUCAUGUAUCUGGGCUAUGCCAUUCACAAGAUUUCACGUUCCUCUGAAGAAGAGCGAACAAAGUUAAAAAAUUGCAACAAAAAACAACAUUCUAGCCAAUGGAGGAAUACACAUAAUUUGGAUGAAUUACUAGUAGAAGAAGAAGAACCCAUGAUUUAUGAAGAUACGCUCGAUGUUCAAGAUGCUAAACAAGAAAGUAAAAUCCAGAUGAAAGAACAGCAGAAACAUGAUGGACGACGUAGAAUUAUGCAAGAAGGUCUUAUGAGAAUAUAUGUAAUACAACUUUUAGCUCGAGCCAUUUUUGAACUAGGUUUCCUUGGUGGCCAGUACCUAUUAUAUGGAUUUAGAGUAAGCUCUUCCUAUGUCUGCUCUAAAAGUCCAUGCCCUCAUCAGGUAGACUGCUUUGUUUCAAGGCCCACAGAGAAGACAAUCUUUCUUUUAAUUAUGUAUGUAGUUAGCUGUCUUUGUCUCCUACUAAACAUUUGUGAGAUGUUCCAUUUAGGUAUUGGCACCAUCAGGGAUAUAAUCCACAAUCGACAAAACAAGUCCAAACAUUACUCUUGCAGCUAUUCUUAUCCCAGAAAUAUUCCUGCAUCUCCUCCAGGAUAUAACUUAGUUGUCAAGUCAGAUAAAAACAGCAAAAUUCCUAACAGUUUAAUAACUCAUGAACAGAACAUGGCCAAUGUUGCUCAAGAGCAGUGUUCUAACAGUCCUGAUGAAAAUAUCCCAUCUGACCUGGUAAGCCUACAUAGGCACCUAAAGGUUGCUCAAGAACAACUUGACAUGGCCUUCCAAACCUACAACAGCAAGAGCAAUGCACAGCCUUCAAGGACAAGUAGUCCAGCAUCAGGAGGGACUUUAGUGGAACAGAACCGUGUUAAUGCAGUACAUGAAAAACAAGGUGCUAGGCCGAAAUCGAGCAUAGAAAAGCCAGAAGCUGUUAAAAAAGAUGGGAAAACAUCUGUGUGGAUUUAAAUACAGCACAACACUGUACAUUGCCAUGUAUCAUUUAUUUUUGAGUUCAAAACAGUAAUUUGCAGCCGGAUUUCAGCAUGGACUUUUUAUAAAUAUUUACUCUUUCCUGUAACUGUUGUGCAGGUUUUAGAUAUUUUAGAAUAAAUAAAGACUGAGUGGUUGAAUGA